AUGAAGGUAGAAAUUCUAUCCAGAAAGUUCAUAAAACCAUCAACACUAACUCACCAUAGCCUUCGCGACCACAAAAUAUCAUUCAUCGAUGAGCUUGCUCCAUCAAUGAACGUGCCUAUCAUUCUCUACUACCCAGCCCAAUGCAACAAUGACACAGCCAAAAACGCUUCGUUGUUUAACCAGCUAGAAAAAUCGCUAGCGGAGACCCUAACCCAGCUUUACCCACUAGCCGGAAGGUAUAUCAAAGACGAUCAUGUCAUUUAUUGUAAUGACCAAGGGGUUGACUAUGUGGAAGCCCGAGUGGAUGUUCAGUUGCUUGAGUUUCUCGACCAUGGCGAUAAACCACAGUUUUUCAAUCAAUUCAUUCCACGCGAAACUGGGGCGGUUGAUGAAACCACAGAUCCUCUGCUAUCAAUUCAACUCAGCAUGUUCGAGUGUGGUGGACUAGCGGUUGGUGUGAGCAUGGCACACAGGAUUGCAGAUGCAUCCACACUCAGCACAUUCCUUAUUGCAUGGGCCAUUGCAAGCCGAGUGGGGAUCGAUAAUGUAACCGUCCACCCAAGUUUCAACUCGGUUUUCGUCCCAGGAAGAAACUUACCAGUGCUGAACCUCGGGAUACCUAGGAGUGGGGACAAUGGGGCCAAGACGAGAAUGUUUUUCUUCAAUAAGAAGGCAAUAUCAACUCUGAGAGCCAAAGCCAGCACAGACAAUGACAAUAAGGGGACCCACGAGGGUGCAGCUGGUGUCAGCAGUUAUAUGGAGGGCACUGGUUGCUGUGGCUCGGGCAAAACAUGGGCACCCAUGGGCCUCUGGUGUGCUCCAGACAAUAAACUUGAGGAAAAAAACAGUCCCUCCUCUUAA